AUGGCCGCCCAGGCCAACGGAAGGGCGAAGAAGUCCAAGCAGAAUGGCAGUCUGAACGGCUCCGCCAAUGGCACUGCCAACGGCCACACAGACAAGACGCAGCUCACCUCGCGGUCGGCUCGGCCACGAAAGCCCCGACGAGGCAUCGUGGGAGCUUUCACAAGCAUGAUUGCGAGACUAUCCACGUGGUAUCUCAUCAUCACCUUCCUGUUCCGGUGUCCCAAUUCGCUCCACCAGCUCAACCACGACUCCCCGCGUGUCUGCAAACCCUACCUGCAGACCAGGGCCUACGCAGCGCCCUAUCUCGACCCAUACUACGAGACGUACGUCGCCCCGCACAUCGAAAAGGUCAAGCCCUACACCACACCAAUUACAACAUUCGCCCAGGACAACUACGCUACAUACGGUGCACACAGGGUUGAGCAUGCCAGGAAAUACGCAGAGACCCAGUAUGAGAAGUCCAUCCGGCCCCAGCUAGAGAAUGCCCAAAAGCAAGUCAAGGGACAGUACGACGUGUAUCUGGGCCCUCACGUCAAGAAGGCGACUGAUGCUGCUGCUCCAUACUACAACGACCUCAAGACUAGCUCCGAAGAGAUCUACGUUCACACCCUGCUACCAGCCUAUGAGCAAUCCAAACCGUACCUCCAACAGGGUCACGCUUAUGGUCACCACGUCCUCGUCGACAUCGUCUACCCCCACGUCCAUACCGCAAAGGAUGCUACCUGGGCCUUCGUUCUUCGCACCGUUUGGCCCCAACUGCGCGUCCUAUACGGAGACAACGUCGAGCCUCAGCUGGUCCGCAUCUCUGAACGCCUAGGCCGCUACAGGGACCAACAGAAGAUCGAGUCUGUAGUCUCUGCGGUUGAUGCGGAGACAGUUCUUCCCACUGAGUCUAUCAAAGAUACUCCUACCAUCGCCAGCUCCUCCGCCUCUAUUGUCCCUCCCAGCUCCACUGAAGGGUCUGGCUGGGGUGUCCUCGACGAGUUCUUUGGCAGCGAAUCAGCCAACACCGCCUCUGGUGAGCUUGAAGCAACCUCCGUGAAGCCCUCUGAGCCUAAGCUCACUGGCGCUGAACUGCAAGAAAAGCUCAACCAGGAUCUCCGCGACUGGCAGACUAAGUUCGCCACAGCGGCAGACAAGGGUUCUGAAGACCUCGAGGUACGCGUAGCAGAAAUUACAAAGCGACAAAUUGACAACGCUGUCCAUGGACAUGGAAAGGCUUUGGUUGUCAAGCUAGAGGAGACUGCCGACUCCACUAUCGCUAAGCUGAAGAGCUACAUCAAGAAGACUGUUGAGUCUCUUCCGGAAGACGCUACAGAUGCCGAUUUAGAGGCUGCAUACGAAGAAUGCGGCACCAAAACUCGCGAGUUCGGUCUCACGGUCAAGGAGCGCGCCCAGGACAUUCGUGUGUGGAAGGCAUCAUACGACCAGGAGACUGAUUCCCUGGUACAAGCUGCUGUCAGGAGCACUGUCGAAGUACUCGAGAAGAUCCACAGCCUUGGUCUUCAAGAAGUAGGCAUGCGAUGGGCAUGGACUGAUGGUGUUACCUACAAGGACUGGCAGAACUACCACAAGCUGAGGAACACGCUCAACGAGUGGCAGGCCGAAGUCGAAACCGUUGGCUCAAGACACGAAGGUCUUCGCCUUGCCCACGAGGAGUCCAAGAAGCUCGAAGACAAGGCCAUGGCCAUUGCGUCGGAUAUGGUUGCCGAACUGGUACGCUUGAAAGACGUUUCCAAGUCCAAGAUCUGGGCCGGUGACGCUAGCGACGACUUCUCUGACAAAGUCUUCGCCCCUCGUGUCCGCAAGGCUGCCCAGCAAGUUAUGGACAGCGUCGAAGGAGCAUCUUCUCAGGUUGCUGAAGCAAUCCAAGGCAGUUCGACACCACUUUCAGAGAGCAUUGCAUCAUCUGCUAAGAGUGUAUACUCUGAGGCCUCUUCAAAAGCAUCCGAAGCUGUUCAGGGUAGCUCAACCCCCCUUGGUGAAAGCAUAGCCUCAUCUGUCAAGGACGCAGCAUCCAAAGCCUCAUCGCAGGUCUCUGAGGCUGUUUCGGGCAGCUCUACCCCACUCACCGAGAGCAUUGCAUCAUCUGUUCAGGAUGCUGCGUCGAAGAUUUCCUCUCAAGCGUCCGAAGCCGUUCAGGGUACACCCUCAUCUGAGAGCUUGCUGUCCCAAGCCUCCUCCAAAGCAUCCGAAGUGAUUGACGACACCGCUUCCAAAGCUUCUGCAGCCUACGAAUCGCCUAAGAAGGUGUGGGGCGGAGCUAAUGCGCAAAUCAUCGCAGAAGCAAGAGAAGUCGUCCUCGAUCAACCUCUGGAUGACGACGAGGACGACACGUACUCUGACAAGUUGCAGAGCGCGGUCGCCGAUGCUGGAGAUCGCGCGGCUGAAAUCAGCCGAGCGGUCAGCGAAGCAUUACUGAGUGCUACCAAGACCCAAGGUACUGUCGAAUCCGCUUCGUCAGUCGCGAGUGAGCAGUACGCAAAGGCCCUCGCCGCGGCUUCAAGUGCACUAUACGGUACCGAGCAACCAGCCGUUGAGAGCGCCACUAGCGUUGUAGCCGACAAAUAUGCUCAGGCUGUGACUGCGGCAUCAUACGCGAUCUAUGGCACCCCAACACCCACGGCGAUAAUCAAGACCGUUCAGAUUGAGGCAAGCUCGCGCUACAACGACGCCGUCAGCGCGGCAAGCAAACAGUUGGAGAACGCGAAAGCUCAGCUAUCCCUCUUGGUCUCUGGAGAGCCCCAGCCAGCCCACCAAACCAUGCUUUCUUACUUCGAGAAAGCCUACUCCGAUUCUCUCGCAGUCGCCAGCGAGCGACUGUCCAACGCUAUGCAGUACACUGAAUCUGUGAAGAGCUAUGCCGCUGGCCCUACUCAGGGUUACUUUGAAUCGGUCUCUUCCAUCGCAUCCUCUCGCCUCUCUGAAGGCCUCAGCCAGGCUUCCGCUCAGUUUGCACCUCAGUCCACCGGUGUUGCUGAUAGCGCUCGUCGACAGUACUAUGAAGCUAUUGGUCUAGCCCACGCUCGGUACUCUGAAUUUGUCGGCGCUGCCUCGAGCGCUGCAUACGGUCCUCAACAAGGAACCGUUGAAUCUUUGGCUUCGGUUGCCUCCGCAUCGGCAGCUUCUGCAGCGUCUGCAGUAUCUGGUUCCGCUGAGUCUGCGGCUUCCUACGUUUCUGGUUCAGCACAAUCGGCCGUUUCGAACGCCCAGGCUGCUGCUGAGUCGGCCGCUUCCCAAAUCAGCUCUGGUGUCGUCGGCUCUGAAACCCCUUGGACUGAGUCGGUAGCCUCCCAAGCCAGUCAAAACUGGGAGGCACUCAUUGCCCAGGCGAGCAGUCAAGUCUACGGGCAGCCUACGCCAUGGGCAGAGUCUGUAUACUCUCAGGCUGGUGCGUACGGUGCUCAGGCUACCGCUGCCGCCGCUUCACAGUAUGCUGAGGUUCAGGCUCUUAUCUCGGAGCUUGUCAUCGGCAAGGAGCCUGACUUCACUGAGAGUGUCAUGAGCCGUUUCGCGUCCGCAUACUCCACUGGUCUGCCCGCAGCCAUGGCCUCCGCACAAUCAUAUGCAAGCGAAGGUAUCAACGCUGCUAGCUCGUAUGCUGGUGAUGGUUAUGAGGCCGUCACUGAGGCUGCUGCUGACGCGUACGCUUCUGCCUCAUCAGUCGUCAGUGCCGUUUUUACACCACCGGCCAUGAUUGAAGACGUUCUGAGCCAAGCUAGCGCUUCUUUGGAUCUUGCCGUCGAGAGUGCUUCCAUCGCUCUUUACGGAACGCCCAAGGGUGCCGCAGAGCAGGCCAGCGAGUCGGUUGCGAGCGCCUACUCAUCUAUCCAAUCUCAGGUGAGCGAGAAGUUCUACGGUACACAAUCAGCCCAAGAUAGCUUUUCAUCAGCCGCCGUAUCUGCCCAAGCUGCCAUCAGCGCAGCUAUCUUCGGUACACCUACCGCAGCGGACUACGUCGCCUCAGCUACAAGCGGUGCUGGUGGUGUGUACAGCUCCAUCUCCUCUGCGGCCAGCGCCAACGCCGAGUAUGUCGCGUCUGCCGUUAGUGAAAACGCAUCGUACAUAUCCUCAGCAGCCAGCUCCGCAGUCUAUGGACCAGAACAAGGAGCUAUGGAGUCUGCAAACAGCCGCAUUGCCGACGCCGUGGCCGCCGCCAACAGCCGUAUUGCCUCCAUGUACGCAGCCGCUUCCGGUAGUGCCGAGGAGGCUGCCAGCAGCAUUUCCAGCGCCGCUACUCAGGCCACCCAAGCGGUGAAGGAUGAGUUGUAG